AUGGCGCAUAUUACGGAUUUACCCUUGCAUAUUUUGGAUGUGAUAUUGGUCGCAAUAGCAAUAAGUGAUGGUGCAAGAGACUUGGCAAGAGUGGGAGCAGUAUGUAAUAUGCUUCUGACCGAGGCUAGAGAACCAGUCGUUUUAAAGGUGGUCAAUUUCCAGCGUUUGACUUUUACUGCCAUUGAUUAUAUGAUGCACCAUCAUGAAAAGGAUCUCCUUUGUAUGUCUGCCCGAGCUGGAAAUCGGGCUGCCCGGUCCAUUGUGGGAAAGGUAACCAUUUUGCACAACUUCACAAAUUGUUUUCUUUCAGCAUUUAUAGGCUGCUCAAUAUGGGCAAAUGGGUGCGUUUGGGUCGAAGGGGUAAAUUUUCAAAGCAGUUUGUAA